AUGCGCUCAGAGACCUGUUGGGCUCUUCUUAUUGUUGGGGUUGCUGGAUCCGCAGCAGACCGUGCAGCGGCCGUCAAGCAGGCGUUCCAACUGUCUUGGGAUGCCUAUUAUGAACAUGCGUUUCCUCAUGAUCAAUUAAAACCGAUCAGUCAGAGUGGAGAUGACAGCUACGGUGGUUGGGGUGCAACAGCACUGGACGGUUUGGACACCGCCAUUGUUAUGGGUAACCAGGUCGUAGUGAAUCAGAUUCUGGAUUACGUUCCGACCAUCGACUUCUCUAGUUGUAACCAGAGCAGUGUCAGUAUGUUCGAAACCACGAUUAGAUACCUGGGCGGUCUCUUGUCAGCCUAUGACCUCCUGAAUGGACCGGCAGCCAAUCUAGUCAACGAGACUAGCAAGGUAACAAAUCUCUUAACCCAGGCAGCCUCACUGGCCGAUAACCUCAAAGUUGCUUUUACCAGCGAGACCGGUAUGCCGUAUAAUGGGAUUGAUAUCCAGAACCAGACUAUCGUGGGAGAACCCACAAAUGGCCUGGCAGCAAUAGGCUCGCUAGUCUUGGAGUGGACACGACUAGCCGACCUCACCGGUAACGCUGAAUAUGGAAAUUUGUCACAAAAGGCGGCCGAAUACCUCUUUAAUCCACAGCCAUCAUGGGUAUCCCCAUGGCCAGGCAUGGUCCCUGAUAAUUUGAACAUUUCUACGGGCGAAUUUAUCAGCGACUCAAUUAGCUGGGAUGGCGGAUCAGAUUCAUAUUACGAGUACCUGAUCAAGUCAUAUAUAUACAGCCCCAGCCGAUUUUCGUCAUACCGCGAUCAGUGGGAAGAAGCUGUCAACUCGACAAUCCAGAAUCUAAUGCAAAAUACUACCACGGGAUCAGGUCAGAAUCUAACAUACGUUGGGACUUGGAACAAUGGUACAUUCAGCGCAACCAUGGGACACUUGGUAUCCUUUAUUGGUGGUAAUUUUCUGCUUGGUGGAUCUGUUUUACAGAGACAAGAUCUCAUUGACUACGGCCUUGCCCUCACUGAAGGCUGGUAUGCUGCCUACAACUCGUCAGCGACGAAGAUCGGGCCUGGUGCAUUGAGCUGGAAUGCUACAGCCGCAGGCGAUAAUGGCCAGACGGAUACAUAUGAUGAACUAGGUUUCUACUACACAGCCUCCUCGUACAUGCUUCGCCCGGAGACUCUGGAGAGCUACUACUAUGCGUACCGAAUCACGGGGGAUGAAAAAUACCGGGACUGGUCAUGGGAGGCAUUUGUUGGAAUAAAUUCAACCUGCUGGACCGGCAGUGGGUACGCCGAAAUCAACAACGUGGAUAACACUACCCAAGGAGGCGGCUUCAAUGAUCUCCAGGACAGUUUCCUGCUUGCCGAAGUGUGGAAGUAUGCAUAUUUGAUCCAAGCAGAUGAUGCCGAGUGGCAGGUGUCAAGCAAUGGGACGAAUAGUUUCGUCUUCAACACCGAAGCCCAUCCUAUUAGAGUGAGUGGAAACUGA